AUGGAAAAGUUUUCCUCAUCUCUUCCUACGUUGAAAAUCCUUUAUGGUAGUGAAACAGGUAAUGCGCAAGAUAUUGCGGAAAUGUUAUGGAAUGAUGCACGAUAUCGUAAUAUCCCCGCUGAAGUGUAUAAUUUUGGAGAUUAUGCAGUGCAGAAUUUGAACAAUGAAUAUUGUGUGAUAUUUGUAGUCUCAACCAGUGGACAAGGUGAAAUGCCAGCUAGUUUACGUCACAAUUGGAGAAUUUUAUGUUGUAAAACGUUACCAAAAAAUUUGUUACAAAAUGUUCACUUAGCUGUCCUUGGACUUGGUGACUCAACUUAUCAGAAAUAUAACUUUGCAGGGAAGAAGCUAUAUCGAAGAUUAAGCCAAUUAGGCUGUUCAUUUUUGAUGAACUUAGCUUUAGCAGAUGAUCAACAUGAAUUAGGAAUUGAAGGAACGUACGAGCCUUUUCGGAAUGAAUUAUUUCAACAAAUCUGGGAAAUGAGGUUGUAUCCGGGUAUGAUUUUGAAUCCUGAUGAUAGCAAAUGUUUACCAUCACGUUAUGAAGUCAGUUACGAUGAAAAUUCUUCACCACUUUACAGUGAUAGCAAAGAAAAUUCUUUCGUAGAAACAACAAUCAUAAAUAAUAAACGAUUAACAGCGGAAACUCAUUUUCAGGUAUUCUUAUUUUGA